AUGGCCGCCGCCGGCACAGCAGCGACGACGUCAAGCGCACCCAAACGCCGAACGGCUGAGUUUCACGAGAGCGUUUGGGGGGACUUCUUCAUUAUUCACGUCCCCCAAACUGAUGAGGUGGUAAAUAGCUGGAAUGAACAAAUUGAAGUAUUGAAGUCCAAUAUAGCGGGUAUGUUAUCAUCUCCGACUGACAACCAAACACUGAAUCUCAUUGAUCUGAUUGAGCGACUCGGCGUUGACUAUCAUUUUGAGGACGAAAUCGAACGAAUUCUCCGACAAGAGUAUGUGAAAAUUACCAGCGACGGUGACAAUUACAAUGAUGAUGACUUCUAUACCGUUGCACUCCGUUUCAGACUGUUAAGGCAACAUGGAUGUAACGUCUCAAGUGAUAUAUUCAAGAGAUUCAAGACUAGUGAUCAUGAAAGAGAUGAGUUCAAGCAAGAAAUGAUCAGCGAUGUCGAAGGCAUGCUAAGCUUGUACGAGGCCGCAUAUCUCCGGACGCAUGGGGAGAGUAUAUUAGAUGAAGCCAUCGCCUUCACAAAACCACACCUAACUGCUGCCGCCGGCGCCGAGGAUCUCAAACUGGCGGACUCGACUCUCGCCGAGCGGAUCGCACAUGCUCUGAAAUGGCCACACCGCAAAGGCAUGAAGAGGGUGGAGCAUCACUUCUUCAUAUCCAUCUAUGAACAAACGCAAGGGCACGAUGAAGCACUCCUCAAGCUGGCCAAGCUGAGUUUCAAUGUGGUGCAACACUUGUACCAAAAGGAGCUCAGAGUUCUCACCAAGUGGUGGAUCGAGCUGGAUCUGCCAAAAAGGACUUCGUAUGCGCGGGACAAAUUGGUGGAGGUUUACUUCUGGGCGAUGGGAUGCUUGUGGAAGCCCAAAUAUUCUCUGGCCCGAUACUGUUUCACGAGGGUUACCACAGUCGGGUCGGUUUAUGAUGACACAUACGAUGCAUACGGUACCAUUGAAGAACUUGAGAAGUUCACGGCCGCCAUCCACAGGUGGGACACUAGCAUGCAAGACGUAGAACCGAAAAUGAAAAUCAUUUUCGAAGCGAUCACUGAUUCGUACGAUACCAUUCACGAAAUGGCAAAGGAGGAAUUCGGAAGAUCGUAUUGUUGGGACUACGGAAAGCCGGCGCUAAAGAAUGCUGUAAGAUUAUACCUGGAAGAAGCGCGAUGGCUGGACAAAAAUUAUGUCCCGACCUUAGAGGAAUACAGGCGUGUUUCUUCGCUGAGCACUCUCUACCAAUGGGUAGCAUUUGCGGCAUUCUGCGGGAUGGGCGAAUCGGCUUCCCAGGAAGUCUUCGAUUGGCUAUUCACAGAACCUAAAUUGUUAGUAGCUUCCUCUGAACAUUGCCGUCUAAUGGAUGACGUUGUAAGCCACGAGUUUGAGCAGGAUAGAGGUCAUUCUCCAUCGUCUGUUGAGUGCUAUAUGAAGCAAUAUGGUGUGUCGAGAAAGGAGGCAAUCGAUGCCCUAACUGACUUGGUGGAGGAGAACUGGAAGAUAAUAAAUGGAGAGUUGUUGAAUCCGCCCGCUCAUGUAUCGAAAGAAAUUCUUUUGAUAUUUCUUGGUUUUGCUCAGAUUAUGGAGGCGCUCUACGCAGAUGGCGAUGGCUACACCAAUUCAGAGACCACCACCAAGGACAUGCUUACUGCUCUGCUCGUCACUCCAUUUCAUGUUUGA